AUGAUAUCCUUCACUAGCGUUUAUCUGAUUGUCUCAACGAAGUCAUCGCAGUCUGUUCAGUUUUUAGCCAAUCAGCGUAGGCUCACCAUUGGGAUUAUAUAUUUCGUGUUUUUAGAACUAGUCGGGUUAGGCCUUCCAAUUAUAUGUCUUGCCGUAUGUGGUAUGUUCAACGUUGGACUCCCAAUUUUUGCUCAAUAUGCUUUCAUCUCCAUGAGUAUAUAUCCCAUAUUCGGCCCAUACUAUGUCCUCAUGUCUAACGUGGACUACAGAAACAGAGUAGACAUGAUAAUCAAAAGAACGCGUCUGGUUACAUCUCCUGCACCUCCCUCAACUACGAUAUUGUAG